AUGACCCCGCGCGAACCUGGCAGCAGCUUCUUCAACAGCAAUGAUGACGACUUUGUCGCCAAGAUGAAGGAAGCCGAAGCUCAAAUCGUCAUCUUCUAUGGCUCCCAGACUGGUACCGCAGAAGACUUUGCCAUGCGUCUUGCUGGCGAAGCGAAGCGCUAUGGUAUCAAGGCUCUAGUCAUUGACCCCCAGGAUGCGGACAUGACGCAGCUCUCCGAGCUCAGUACCAUCGAAAACGCUGUUGCCCUCUUCUGCCUGGCCACGUACGGUGAAGGCGAGCCCACCGACAACGCCCAAGCCUUCCACGACCUCCUGGAAGAGAAGACGGAGGAGGAGAACGACUGGCUCGAGAAUGUCAACUACGCCGUCUUUGGCCUUGGCAACAAGACCUACGAGCACUUCAACGCCAUGGCCACCUUUGUGGACGACAAGCUCAAGGCCGGUGGUGGCCGCCGUCUCAUUGAUGUGGGCAUGGGUGAUGACGACGUGAACCUGGAAGAGGAUUUUCUGGAAUGGAAGGACUUGCUCUGGUCCGCCGUCUGCGAGCUCAUGGGCAAGGAUGCCAACGCCAUCAGCGCCUCCUUCCGCACGUAUCAGCUGGUGCCCGUGGACGAGCGCAAGAAGGUGUUCACCGGUGAACCUGCCAUUGCCAACUCGUUCAAACAUCAGCGCCCGCCAUACAGCCAGAAGAACCCCUUUCUGGCCCCAAUCCGUGUGCGCCGCGAGCUGUACAAGGAUGAAGGGCGCAGCUGCUUGCACAUUGAGCUCGACAUCUCUGGCUCGGGCAUUCGCUACACUGCCGGUGACCACGCAGCCGUCUACCCCACCAACAACGCUUCCCUGGUCCAGGCUGUCGCCGAGCGCUUGCAAGUUCCCCUUGAUGACAUUUUCCAGCUGCAAGCCGUCGAUACCUUCACCCGCAAGAGCACCCCCUUCCCCUGCCCGUGCACGUAUCGCACAGCCCUGAGCCACUACGUCGAGCUGACACACACCCCCUCUCUCAAUAUCAUUGCUGAGAUGGUGCAGUACGCCAAGGAUGAACAGCAGAAGGAGCGCCUCGCCUUUCUUUGCAGCAAGCAAGGCCGCAGCGAAUACAACAAGCACAUUCAUAACCGUCACCUCACCAUCCUCGACGUCCUGGCCGAGUUCUCGUCCGUGGAGAUGCCCAUCGACCAUCUGCUGGAGUUGUUGCCGCGCAUGCAGCCCCGCUACUACUCGAUCAGCAGCAGCAGCAAAACCAACCCCGACCGGAUACACAUGACGGUGGCCAUCGUCACCUACAAGAACGGUGCGGAUACGACGGUUGAGGGUGUGGCCACCACCUGGUUCUGUCGCUUGGCGCUGGACACCGAUCGUGUCCCCAUGUUUGUUCGCCGCUCCACUUUCCGCCUGCCACGCAAGCCCAAGGUACCCAUGAUCAUGAUCGGCCCGGGCACCGGCGUUGCCCCCUUUCGUGGCUUUAUCCAGGAACGUUUGUUCCUCAUGCAAGAUUCAGAAGAGCAGUUUGGCGAAACACACCUCUUCUUUGGUUGUCAAAACGAGAGCAAGCAUUUCAUGUACCGCGACGAGUUUGAGGAUGCCGUGAUGAAAAAGGCGCUGAGCGGCUUGCAUACGGCUUUCUCCCGCGAUCAGGCCACCAAGGUGUAUGUGCAGCACCGCCUGCGUGAGCGCAAGGAAGAUGUAUGGCGUGUUCUUCAAGCAGGAGGCCACCUGUACAUUUGCGGUGAUGCCAAAUACAUGGCGCAAGAUGUCCGCAAGGCCAUUAUUGAGAUUCUGGUCGAGAUGGGCGACAAGACACAGCAACAAGCCUUGCAGUUUCUCAAGACCAUGGAAGAGAAGCAUCGCUUUCAGCAAGACGUUUGGUCAUAA